GGAAGAAAGUAACCUUCAGAAAGCAACCUCUAGAAGGUAACCUUCCACAUCCCUGACUAAUUUUCCAAGGUUAUAUCAAAUUGAAAAAGAAACAUACCUUCGUCUGAUGAAACAAGUACGCAAUCAUCAACAUCCCUUCUUUCAUACCUUACUUGGAAUCCGGGAACACAUCGUGGAUAUUGGUCUGGAUUACCCAUCCGAUAGAUCACAUCCCGUGCAAAAUUUCCCUCCUCUAGUGUCCGCCUCAUAACUAGGGUUUUCAAAAGUAACUAUGGAAUUGGAAGUGCCACAAAGGUAUAGAUAGGAUGAGAUAAACUUUAUUUUUUAUUUUUUAUUUUUGGCUUUCAUUUGUGCUGCUCUUCUUUUGCUGUCUUCCGCCUUUAUUUUCUUGUUUCCUCGCCUUAACUUGGUUUUAAAGGUAAGGAAGGAGUGAAGAUAGAGGAAGUGGGAUUCUCAAAAGCCUUGGGUCGAAAAUGUUGGCUAGAAUUACAGGAAUGGCAUCAUGGAGUGCUGGAAGUAGAAUGAUGACAGCUGGAGUAUUUUUAAGUCUUAUUCUUGUUUACGGGUAUGUUUUCAACCUUCUUUCCAUCUGAUUGCAUCAAACCUCUCGAUGAUCAUUGAAAUCUAAUCUCAUCCCUCUAGAUUCGCACACCAUCUCAACAAUUAUGAAGUCUAUAUGAAUGUCGAAACUACAAAAGCCGACCCCAUUACGAUUGUCCAAACCAAAACGGUAGAACACACCGCAACGCAUUUCAGUGUAUCGAUAUCUACAAAAACAGAAUCUGCCUCACCAACUUCCACUCUCGAUCCUACAAAACUUGCAUUUAUGGUUGAGACUCGUCCAUUGCCACAUCUACCUCUUCAACUUACACAUAUGACAAGUGUUAUUCCACAAGAAUGGACCUUUAAAUUCAUGGGAAGCAAUACCUCUAUCGAUUAUCUACUUGGUUUCCAUCAUCUGCAAGAUCUAGUAGCCUCAAAGAAACUCACUCUCGUUCCUCUUCCUUCACAUUGGAAUGUAUCCAGUCGAGAGUCCAUAUCUCAAAUGUUCACCGACCCAGAACUUUACACAUCUCUCGCACCAGCCGAACAUCUCUUAGUAUUUCAACCCGAUUCAAUCUUUUGCACCAAAGCACCAACUACUCUUAACGAUUUCAUCCAAUAUGAUUAUAUAGGAGCACCUUGGUCUGCAAAAUCUACUCAUGGAGGAAAUGGAGGUCUUUCACUUCGUCGCGUAUCAUCCAUAUUACGAGUGUUAGAAAAGGAAAGACGAAAACCUGGAGAUGGAGCACUUGAAGAUUUAUGGCUUAGUAACGCGCUCAAUAGAUUGGAAGGGAGUAAGAUGGCAAAUGCCCAAGUGAGCAAAACUUUUAGUGUGGAAAGUGUUUGGGAUGAUGCUCCUUUGGGUUAUCAUAUUGGGUGGUUGGGAGUACAUCAUGAACAGGUUAGUCGUUUGAUAUUCUAUUCAUUCUUUGAAUUUACCCCUGGAUAGGAACAUUUCCCUUUCCUAUUGUCUCAUUACAUUCCUCUAUCUAUCUAUCUCUUUCUCCAUCCAUUCAUCCACUCCUUCUCAACCCCAAAGUUAAACAAAAUAAACUAACAACCACCCCCCAAAACCAGAUAUGGGAUAAACCCAACUACGUCUCUCACAUAAUGAACUACUGUCCCGAAGUUAAAAUUAUCCUCGGUAUGAAAUUAGAUAAUGAUAAACCUCAAGGUGUUUCUUGAUUUUCACUCUCAUUCUCAUUCCCACCUCUCUUCACGAAGUUCCCUCAUUGUAUCCACGUAAUCUUAUAUCGUGCUUGUAAAUCCAACCUCUGUGUCUAA